GUGAACGCAUCACUGGAAAACAAGGAGUGCGCAGGAGCUAGCGAGCAGCUGAGAAGUCAGAUGGAAAGGAGGAGGCAGCAGCCACGGAUAUCAUGACAGUUCAGUCGACGUUUGCCUUAAAGAAGAAGGCGAAAUCAAACACCUUGCAGUGGGACGUUUAAUGUUUCUUUUUUGGCUGCGCGGACGCAUGUUUGCACCACUCCAAGGCGGGACUGCAGCGAGCGCGCACAGUGGUACUUGAUGCAAGGAAAGCAACACCAUUACGCGGGGAUAUUUUCCGUGAUACGGGCUGCAUUGAUGGAAUUUGAACGUUUACGCUUCAACUUGCUUGUGAUGAGGAACCCAGGAGAAGUGGCCGUCAAUGCUGCUUAGUGCGUAAUCGUUCCUCUCGCAUGGCUUCUCUCCACGGGUUUUUUGAAGUACACGCACACUGGUGACUGUUUAAUGGCUGUGGGGUGCAGCCAGAAGAGUCGUGCGUGGAGACAGAGAAAGAGGACGGUGUAAGCAGAAGCCAGCGCACUUUUUUUUUGUCGCCUUCUUUUUGCGCACGGAGGAGGUGGAUGCAACUCUUCUCAGAAUCAGACUUUUCUUCUCCUCCUCCUUAUUAUUAUUAUUUUUCUCACUGCAUCUUGUUUCUUUCGUAGUAUGUCUGCACUCCGAAAGAAAUUCGGGGACGAUUAUCAGGUAGUGACCACCUCAUCCAGCGGCUCUGGCUUCAACAACCAGGCGCCCCCGGAGAAGAAGCGCAAGAGGCAGCGCUUCGUGGACAAGAACGGCCGCUGCAACGUCCAGCAUGGCAACCUGGGGGGCGAGACGAGCAGAUACCUCUCCGACUUGUUCACCACGCUGGUGGACCUGAAAUGGCGCUGGAACCUGUUCAUUUUCAUCCUCACCUACACGGUGGCGUGGCUCUUCAUGGCGUCCAUGUGGUGGUUCAUCGCCUACAUCCGCGGGGACCUCAACAAAGCCCACAACGACAAGUACACGCCGUGUGUGGCCAACGUGUACAACUUUCCCUCCGCAUUUCUCUUCUUUAUCGAGACGGAGGCCACCAUAGGUUACGGUUAUAGGUACAUUACGGACAAAUGCCCCGAGGGAAUCAUUCUCUUCCUCUUCCAGUCCAUCCUGGGCUCCAUCGUCGAUGCCUUCCUCAUCGGCUGCAUGUUCAUCAAGAUGUCUCAGCCCAAGAAGAGGGCCGAGACGCUCAUGUUCAGCGAGCAUGCUGCCAUCUCCAUGCGAGACGGGAAACUCACGCUCAUGUUCCGGGUGGGCAACCUGCGCAACAGCCAUAUGGUCUCUGCGCAGAUCCGCUGCAAAUUGCUCAAAUCUCGCCAGACCCCCGAAGGCGAAUUCCUUCCGCUGGACCAGUUGGAGCUGGAUGUAGGUUUCAGCACGGGAGCGGACCAGCUUUUCCUGGUGUCGCCGCUCACCAUCUGCCACGUCAUCGACACCAAAAGCCCCUUCUACGACCUCUCACAGAGGUCCAUGCAAACGGAGCAGUUUGAAAUAGUGGUGAUACUGGAGGGCAUCGUGGAGACCACAGGGAUGACCUGCCAAGCAAGGACGUCUUACACUGAGGACGAGGUUCUGUGGGGACAUCGCUUCUUCCCGGUUAUCUCCUUGGAGGAAGGCUUCUUCAAGGUGGACUACUCCCAGUUCCACGCCACCUUUGAAGUGCCUACCCCUCCCUACAGCGUGAAGGAACAGGAAGAGGCUCUGCUCCUCUCCUCGCCCCUCAUGGCGCCAUCGUUGUGCAACAGCGGGGACAAGAACAGCUCCCUGGACUGCUUGGAGACCCUGGAGGACAAUGACAGCACCACCAAGCUGCCCACCAAGCUCCAGAAAAUCACAGGACGGGACGGCCUGCCCAAAAAGCUUCUAAGGAUGAGCUCCACCACCUCAGAGAUGACUUACAGUUUUGGAGACCUGCCCAUGAAGCUGCAGCGAAUCAGUUCAGUUCCUGGUGUUUCCGAUGAUAAGCAGGGCGGUAAGGCCUCCAAAAUAAGCACAGAGCCCAUGAGUAAGUCGGUGGCAGACUUACCUCCCAAGCUGCAGCGACUGGCCGGGGGAGGGGGCAGGAUGGACGGACACCUACCGCCCAAACUUAGAAAGAUGAAUUCAGAUCGCUUCACAUAAAGCAACCCCCCGCUUCUCAUUUUAAGUCCUUACCUUAAUUCUGAAUUUAUGAAUGGACAAUAUUCCAAUAUUCUUCUUGCUGUAUCAGAACAGAAAUGUAGACUGGCUAUAUGUGCAGAAAUACCUUAUAUCAAGUAGGGUGACGCAAUUGAGCACAUGGUCUUGGAUGUAAGUGUACAUGCAAUGAUGAAGGACUCUUUUGGGGACAAUGUACAAUUAGCACAAUCGGGCAUGUAAGAAGAAAACAGCGCAUGUAGAACCCAAUCUCAAUAAUUCCCGGCAUGACAUUUACCAAUGUUUAUAUUAAAAAAAAAAAAGUGAGUUUCAGUCACGAAUCUAACGUUUGAGUGAGUGAAAAAUUGCACAAAGCCAUACGAUUUCAAACAUGACAUGAUUCUAAUUUGUGGCGACGAACGGCACACACAUUUGUUUUGAGUUUCUUGCUUUUGUUGUUUAAUGUAAAGUUGUGGCAAUGUUACGUUGAUUGCAUGCUCCUCUUAUUGACUAUACAAAAGGUAAUAGACAAAGAUGUUUAGCCUUAACUAUAUUACCUUGUUUCCAUUUUUCACGUUUGUUUUUUGCUCUUUCGACGACAUACUACUUUACCAUGUGCCAAUUUAAUGACUUUGUUUCAUUGAGCAAACAUUGAAUAUUUUGUUAAAUGAUGCAUUUUACGCCGCACCUUUUUGUCCCCGGCUGAAACAGACACACAAGCUACGCAUUUUACACUUGUUUAUUAAAGUCAAAUUUCAGUUAAAAGGGUCAGUCCCGGUACUUGAUAAGCACAAUGCAGUAAUUGUAUAAGAUUCUAUCAUAUUAGUUAGCAUUCUUGGGCAUUUUAUUAGAAAUCUGGGGCAGUAAGGGCAGUACUGUACAAAAAGAAAUCUAGAUAAGCUAUAGUAGAUGAUCGUAAAGACACUGCCUGGUUAGAAGUUAGAAGGUGGGCAUGCAUUCUCCUCUCCGCAACGAAAGCAAUAAUAUGAAGUGCAUAAUCUUUCUAAAGCCACAGCUUCCAUAACAGCCCCAUCUUCAUUGUUUACUGAAUCAAUCCCACCACUUUUUGGUUCUCUCUUAAUGCAUUCAAAUAUUGUAUGAUACCGUUCAGGAAUAAAGAUCUAACAACAGUGUUUAGCACUCUUUGCCUACAUGGUAUAUACUAUAUCCUGUUCUGAUCAAGUACAUGCAAAAUACACAAAAUAGACUACAGUUGACAGUUGGCCACUCACAGUCAUUCUGAGCGCCGGUUACCAUGGUAACACACAGCCAUUCUCUCUGUCCCGUUUUAUUAAUCUGUCAAUCAUCGGUGUUUCUCUGGUCCCGCAGCGGUCAUCCGUGUUUUGCUGUUUAAAAGCAAUUACAGUGGAAACUUGUUUUUCGCCAUUAAUCCCUUCCAUAAGGUGCGAUAAAAUAUAUUUUUCCAAUAAAAAAUCACAUGUAUUGAUACAUUAAUAUAUAAGAACAGAAGAGGCUGCGUACUUGCUCAAUUAAACUUUACUGUAAACUUCAGCUGCAGGUACAAUCAUCAUUAUACACACACUGGCACAGAUGACUAUCUAUAAUGUGUCUCGCUCAAACCGCUCCCUCUGCAACCUGUGUUAACUAGGAACAGCAUUGUGCAUUGUUCUGUGUGUGUGUGUGUUCUAUGAACAAAUAAACCACCCACACAUACAUAAUAAUAGAGAUGAUGAAAGGAUUCCCUCACCAGAAUCUGUCUAUGGUCUAAAAGAACCACUAUCCAUUCUUCAGAUAGUAGCUAUUCAAUAACCAAGACGUAUUUUUUGUUGAAAACCAAAUCAUACAAAAAACGCAGCCUACCAAAACCGAGGUUCCACUGUAGUUCCACACGUUACACUCUAGCUACAUUUUGUUAUCAUGGCAUCCAGAAUCUGUCUAUGGUCUAAAAGAACCACUAUCCAUUCUUCAGAUAGUAGCGUGUGGUAGCUUUAUUUGGGCACCCGAUUCUACCGAUUAGUUUGUUCAGCGCACUAUUCAAUAACCAAGACGUAUUUUUUGUUGAAAACCAAAUCAUACAAAAACCGCAGCCUACCGAAACCGAGGUUCCACUGUAGUUCCACACGUUACACUCUCGCUACAUUUUGUUGUCAUGGCAUCCAGAAUCUGUCUAUGGUCUAAAAGAACCACUAUCCAUUCUUCAGAUAGUAGCGUGUGGUAGCUUUAUUUGGGCACCCAAUUAGUUUGUUCAGCGCACUAUUCAAUAACCAAGACAUAUUUUUUGUUGAAAACCAAAUCAUACAAAAACCGCAGCCUACCAAAACCGAGGUUCCACUGCAGUUCCACACGUUACACUCUGGCUACAUUUUGUUAUCAUGGCAUUGACUUUUGACAGCUUCACUUCACUAUGGUACUUCACUAUGCUUUGUGUACCAUUUGAAAGUCUUAUUUACUACGCCCUAUUCGUAACAUGCAGGUGUGGAAUGAGUAGCACAACAGAGUGUGCAUUCAACAACCUGUUCUGCUGUUUUUCUAUUUACCCUUGUUUGGUGUUCUUUGAUGGAUUGGAUGACGGUCACAGUUCAGCAACCAUUUUAUGAUAGUAUUAUAGUAUCUUUUCAGUGGGCGACAUUAUGGAAACUUUCCUUCCAUUGGACAGUAUCAAUAUUCUGUGAAUGGGUUUACACUGGUCCAUCACCACAUUGCAAUUCAAAUUCUGCGCUUUCACUCAUCAUGAUUUUUCCAAAAUCAUUA